UUUAGCAUUAUAAAAGUGGAGGAAGUGUGAAACUUUGGAGUAAUAUUACUUUUAAUUUCAUGCACUGAUAUUUUUCUAUUGCAGCAUGAGAACUGCAUCUCGAAUCAUGACCAGUAAUAGAGAUUCUUCCUAUCAUUCUAAUUUUCCAGAAAAUGAAACAAUAGAUUUAAGUAUUAAAAGAAAGGUUCCUGUGGAACUUGAAACAAAUCUUGAAGGACCAUCAUCAUCAGGCAAAAGCAAUAAAGAAAUAGGUGUUGUUAUUAAAAAAAGAAAAUCUUUAAGUUUUCAAUAUUUGGAUAAAUCACAUGUGAGGUCUCAGCCUUCAAGAGCUGCUCGCUAUACAGAAUCAUAUAGUUUAAGUGCUAGUUCUUCACCUGAUGUAGUUGUUUUGUCUGAUGAAGAAAACAUGCAAUUAAAUGGACAUGUUAAUGGUUUUGAAAGUGAUUCUCGACCAGAAUCAUCUGAUUCAGAAGCUGUGGAAUUGCCCCUUCCUCCUUUAUCGAGAGAGUUAACAAAAGAGGAAUAUUUAGAACGACAGAAAAAAAUAUGGAAGUUACGGGAGAAAUUGAGAACUGAAGAAAUGAAAUUAGUGCUUCUUAAGAAACUUCAUCAAAGUCAACUAAUGAAAGAGACUUUAUUGAAUUCAUCAGGAACAAUUUCAGGAAAAUUAUCUUCAACAGGUCGUGUUGGAAUAGCACCCACAACUCCUCCUCCUCCUCUAGUUCGUAGCAGCCACAUGAGUUCACAUAGUAAAACAAGCAUGCAACAUCAUAAUCAGCAGUCUUCUUUAAUGGCAAGGGGACAAACUGGUCCGCCACCCUUAGUUAUUACAGGAAGGGGUCCAAAUAGUUUGCUACAGCAGUCAGUUAUAAGGCCAGGAAUUGGAUCAAGAAGCACACCACCUAAUGUGGUAAUGGCUUACAAUCUUCAAGGACAUCAAGGCAGUCAAGCAUCUAGUGUGCUAAAUCAGACUUCAACCAGCCCAUCUGCCCAUGCUUCUGGAAGUGAAAGAAUGGAUAAUCAGACCCCUGCUCAGAGACAAGCAGCUGCGAAAUUAGCUUUACGUAAACAACUAGAGAAAACUUUAUUGCAGAUUCCACCUCCUAAACCACCUCCACCAGAAAUGCAUUUUAUCCCUAAUGCUAAUAAUCAGGAAUUUAUAUGUUUGUUAGGAUUGGAAAAAGUUGUUGACUCUAUUACUGAUGGUAUUCAGGAUGGUCGAGCACCACCUGAACCAUUUGAAUGUGUACAGUGUGGUACUGAUUUCACUCCUGUUUGGAAAUGGCAAGAAUCUAGAGGUAAACAACCAUCUGUCAUUUGUGAAAUUUGUGUUACAUCAAAUAUCAAGAAGGCGCUAAAAGCUGAGCACACAAAUCGGCUCAAAACAGCAUUUGUAAAAGCAUUGCAACAAGAACAAGAAAUAGAACAACGCAUGUCACAGGCAGCUGUAAGUCCUCCUCCUCCUUCUACUACUCCUCAUAAUCGCAGCUCUACUCCUACUUCCAUAGUAGUUUCAUCCUCAGGGCAGCAGUCUGUAUCCAACUUUACAUCGUCACAUAGUCCAGUUCAUGGAUCAUUAUCUAGAAUUAGUAGCAGUGCUGUGGCAAAUUCAUCAGCUCUUCUUCAACACAUGCCAAAACUUUCUGUGGCUCAUCAGUCCUUACUUCAAGCUCAGGCUCAACAGUUGCAACAACUAGCACAUCAGCCUCAACCAGCUCACAUGAUUCCAUUUGCUCCUAUGUUAGCAGCCCAAGCUUAUUCCUAUCAAAUGCUUGGGAAAUCUCCUAUCACUUCAGCUGAUAUCCAAAGACAAUAUUUGUUGGACAUGAUUCCUCCAUGUUCUUUACCUCAAGGUACACUAAACUGGAAAACAUGAUUCUUCUAUUUCUUUAGUGUCUUCAAAUAUCUGAGAGACCGCUGCCAUUUCCUAAAUCCAAAGUCAUUUAUUUACAGCGAGAGAAUCUCAGAGUACAAUGGUGGAUCUGAUACCUCAAACUAUUGUGUGUAAUAUUUUAUCAUGAGAUUUUUUUGUAAACUUUCAUGGCUCAAAUGAUUUUUACACAACAGAUCUGCAAAUCAUUAUUCAUUUCUCAGCUAGUAUAAGGAAUAUGGCAUUUUUGUCACAGCACACUCCAAGUGUGUAACACUUUGUUUCUUCUCAAAGUAAUAUAUGGAGAUUAUCUUUUGGAAUCUGCAAAUUUUGUCUUAAUGUAGUAGACUAUAUUUUCAUAAAACAAGUUUCACACUCACAACAAUUUUGUGAAGUGGGUAUAUCUUACCAGCAAAGUUGCCUACUUAGAUUUUGCAUUAAGUAGAUUGCAGAAAUGUAAUGUAGGCAGUCACAACUUUCAGAUUGUUAAAUUAAGAAAUAUUAAGAAACAAGAAACUUUAUAAAGACAGAAUUGUGCAAUAGUUUCUUGAUACAUUAUUUUCAGUUAUUAUGCAAAUACAACACCAAUUUUUUUUAACUGAAAACAUUUUAGUAAUACUCAAAUCAAUAUGAUGCAAGGGAAAAUAAAUAUAUUUUACACCAUGUUAAAAAGUGCAAUAAUGUACAAGGAAAGUGAAAGCGAGAUGCACUUACUAUAAAUGUGUUAAACUGGUAUUGUUUCUCAAUUUGCUAUCUGCAGCAGGGAUUUAUCUUUAACCUAAUAAUCAGGCAUAUGAUUCCUCUAUCUGCUUCACGGCUUUGUUAAAUAACAAUAUUUGUCUUUGGUCCACAUAAACAAAAAUGUGCUUGUUUGGGUAGGGGUAUUUGGAUUCAUCCCAUCUCUAAUGUUGCGACUAGUACUGUAUCUACAUAUUCUGUAAUCAUUGUAUUUUAUUGAAUUUGAGGAAAAAAUUUUUUGUUUGACCAGCACAUACAUGUGUGCUGAUUAAUGUGUUGUAUAAUAGCAUGACAUUCAUAUUA